AGUCAUGUUUAGCCCUACCCUCUGUGGGCGUGGUUUGUUGGGCCUGCUACUGAACUGAGCUCUUCACGCCGUCGUCACGUUCAUUAUCGCUGCAAAAUGGAUCGCGGAUAUUCAUCAGGGUUCUCUGGUUGGUCAGGAUCUGGUGGCGCAGGAUCUUCUAGAGGAUCAAGCGGUUAUGACCUGUACGGUUAUAAGGACUCUAUGUCCGGCGGAGGAGGGUUUGGAGGAGGCGGUUAUGGAGGUAAUGACCGGAUGAAGAGGGGUUUGUCUGGAGCAUCUCUGCUCUCCUCAUCGGGGUCUAACGCAGAUGCCGUCAUUGCUAAAAUCAACCAGCGUUUGGACAUGCUGACGCAGCUGGAGGGGGGCAUGAAGGGUUCCAUUCGGGGUGACAGGUUUGACCAAUACGAGUCUUUCGACUCGCGCUCCGCCUCCCUCGCCCCCCGAGAUCUCUACAGAUCCAGUAACUUCGGUUACAGUGACUCCCGGGGUGACAUGAUGACCCAGCGAGGAGGUGUGGGCUUUGGGGUCAUGGGCGGAGGUGGCGGGGGCGGCUUUGACAGCGCUGCCUCUGCCUUUGGAUCGGCCAAAAUGCGUCCGACACGAGAUGCCUUCUCGGGCUCCGGCUGGGGGGCGGGGCAGAGAUCCCAGCGCAGGGGCGGAGGGGCCGGUGGGCGCGGCUUCGGCCGCAGGCAAGACUCCUCCGUAGGGGGAGGAAGCGGGCGAGGUGGAGGCCAGGGCCACUCCCCCGCGGGGCGAGGAAAGCUGCCCUCGCUCCUGGCCAAUCGCAUGUACCCCGACAGCGGGGCCUUCCAGUCCCAGGACUUCACUGCCAGGAACUUUGGAGGGGCCCCAAGGGCCAACCGACAGCGCGGCCGCAAGAGACCCCUCAACAGACAGCAACAGACGAGACCUCAGCGUGACGGUCAGAAGAAGAGAAAACAGACUCUGGGAGCAGCGGACGAGCCCGAGUCAAAGAUGGGCAAAACUGACAUGGCGGGAGCCAAAGCAGCCAAUGAGGCCGCAGGCGGGAAACGGGCGCAGGAAUCUGAGAAGACCGCUCCUGCCGAAUCUAAAACGGCUGACGGUGGAGAAAGUUCUGCUCCGUCCAAUCAGGAAGAGAGUUCCCAGUCCAAAGCAAAGGGGAAACAGACUCCUUCCCCUUCGUCCAAAAUCAGAAAGAGGAGGGGUUUCUUUGAGAGGUCAGGGGUCAAAGUCUCGGCUCACAGGGUGGCGUUCGCUUGCUCCGUCUGUAAGUUCCGCUCGUUCUACAGCGAGGACAUGGCCACCCAUCUGGAGAGCAAAUUCCACAAAGAUCACUUCAAGUUUUUGGCCGGUCAGCUGUCAAAGCCCACCACUGACUUUCUGCAGGAGUAUUUGAACAAUAAGUAUAAGAAGACUGAGCAGAGGGUCAGUCAGAUGGAGAAUCACAGCGCCACCAUCUGUCAGGUGUUCAGAGAGCAGGACCUGACACGAGAUAUUGGUAUGGAGCACUUCAUGAAGAAGGUGGAGGCGGCUCACUGUGCGGCGUGUGACGUCUUCAUUCCCAUGCAGUACCCGCUGAUUCAGAAGCACCUUAAAUCACAUGACCACAACUAUAACCGCAAGGGUAUGAUGGAGCAGUCGAAGAGGGCCAGUCUGUCCGUAGCUCGCAGCAUCCUCAAUCACAAGGUCAUUGGAAAGAAACUGGAGAGCUACCUGAAGGGUGAAAACCCGUUCACUGGUAACCAGGAUGACCAUGACCCAGAGGAUUCGAUGAUGGAGUUGUCAGAGGCUGACCUCACUACUGAAAGCCUGAAUGAGGUGAAGCUGGAAGAGGCGGAACAUGCAGAAGAAGAGGCGGGGCCUGUGGAGGGAGAGGCGGGGACUGCAGAGGAAGAGGGUCAGCCUGCAACCGAAGCUGUCGGGAAUGGUGAGGGGCAUGAGGAGGAACAGAAGAUGGACAUGGGUGAAGCAGGAGAUGAGGAGGGUGUGGAGGUGGGUGAGGAGGAGGAAGAGGAAGAGGUGGCCGAGGAGGAGGAAGAGGUGGCCACUGAGCUCAAUGACAUCGCAGGAGAAGCGACCGGAGACUCUGCAGCCGCCGCUGAGUAACCUUAUCAAGCUGCUGUUGAUCUGGUGUUAAAAGAGUCAAGUAGUCAAUUUGAAAAAUCUGCAGCUUUUGGACCAAUCAGACUAAAGCUUCUUUUCAGCCAAUCACAGGCUUGCCCUCCUCGUGCAGUUUAUGAUCCUUUCCUCUGUGGAAUGAUUCAUUUCAUCAUUCAUGUGUGACCUAUGUUUGAAAGCAGGUUUGUGUCUGUGUCGUUGCCAGAUUCGCAGGUUUUGACAUAAGAUUUGAUUUCUUGCUUUCAUUUUUCUUUUGCAUUUUAUUUUUUGCGUUUGUAACAGAAAUUAGAUUAUUGUAUGAUUUUUAAAGUUCCCAUGUAUUUUCUCUGUUGUCGAUAAAAUAAACGUUUGUGACGUUA